AUGGCUGAAGGAGAAGUCUUGUUUCUAAGGCUAAGCCUGCAACCAGUGAAAGCUGGAGGUAUGAGGGUGUCUAAAAAGCACGAAAAUGGACUUGUUGAGAAAAAUGCUAAACCUCCAGGAAAAGACAAGACACGUGCUAUUGCCAGUUUUUCCCGAACUCGGAACAUGGGUGUCUUGGUAGCAGAAGCACUGAGCAAGGUGAGCCACAAAAUUCAUGCAGCAGCGUUACAAGUGGCUCACCAAAAGCCACGGCCUGCUUUGGAGAAGAUCAUACUGCCUAAAAGAAUGUACAUUAUUCAACAGCCACGGAAAUGUUAA